AUGCUGACAGAUGAUAUUUACGAGAGACUAUCCGGGCCACUUCAGCCCAGUCUCGAUUUUUACCAUUCCCUCUUCAAGGGCUGUGAAGGUGGCGAUUAUAUCCAGUGCUUCGACCACAAUCGCCAGAUCCUUAGACGCUUGACCAUGAGCUUCUCCGAUUUGGAUUGUCUACCGCUCGGUCUGUUGCCUGGUCUUGAAGGGCAUUCAGGACAUCAGGACAGUAGCGGGGGCGAAUGCCACAAAGAGAGCCGAACGCCCGCCGCCACGGUGUGCGUCCAUCAUGAUGACCAUGACCUCAGAAGGUUGGGUGAACAAGCGGGCAGCGCUGUCCGAGUAGAGAUUUCGGGACGUUUGGAUAAAGGGAACCGAGAUGGAGAGGAAGAUCAAAUCCGCGAGCUCACGACUGCCACUAUGGGACUCCACAAUAGCACAAUACUGAAGGGUCCCCACAUUUUGAGUGAUACUCAUUCGACCAUUUCAGCUUGGCUAAUCAUAUACAUCUGGUAUAUAAUCGCCUUUGUUUUUAUCCAGCAGACUGUAUCAAAUACUUGGAAACGAGCGUUUAUGCGACUUCAUGCUAUUGAAUUGAAUUGGCGGUCUCGACGUCUGCGAAGUCCAAAGUCAUUGAAGGGUCACGACGACCACGUCGUUACUUGCUUGCAAUUCGCUGGCAACAGAAUUGUAUCCGGUAGUGAUGAUAACACCCUUAAAGUGUGGGACGCAACUACAGGCCAAUGCUUGCGUGUCCUCAUAGGCCAUACGGGUGGUGUGUGGUCCUCGCAAAUGUCCGCAAGCACCGUUAUCUCAGGUUCGACAGAUCGGACUCUUAGAGUGUGGAACUCUGAAACGGGUGAAUGCACACAUGUCCUCUAUGGUCAUACAUCGACAGUACGAUGUAUGCAUCUACAUGGUGACAGAGUUGUGUCAGGUUCACGUGACGCAACGCUUCGUCUGUGGGACAUCACGACAGGGGCUUGUCUCGGUGUGUUCGUCGGUCACGUGGCUGCCGUACGCUGCGUCCAAUUCAACGGCAGAUUAAUCGUAUCUGGCGCUUAUGACUACAUGGUGAAGGUGUGGCAACCAGGGCGCGAAGAAUGCCUUCACACAUUACAAGGCCACACGAAUCGCGUCUAUUCGCUACAGUUCGACGGCACCCACGUCGUGUCCGGCAGCUUGGACACGUCGAUUCGUGUGUGGGACGUCGAAACUGGCGAGUGCAAGCAUUCUUUAACUGGCCAUCAGAGUCUUACAUCAGGGAUGGAAUUGCGGGACAAUAUCCUGGUCUCGGGAAAUGCCGAUAGUACAGUUAAGGUGUGGGACAUUACGACGGGCCAGUGCCUACAAACGUUGGCGGGUCCGUCAAAACACCAGUCGGCAGUCACUUGCCUUCAGUUCAACUCCAAGUUCGUCAUCACGUCGUCGGAUGAUGGUACCGUUAAACUGUGGGACCUGAAAACGGGCGAAUUUAUACGGGAUCUCGUCUGUCUGAAGAGCGGUGGCAGUGGUGGCGUGGUGUGGCGAAUUCGGGCUGAUCAAACAAAGCUGGUAGCGGCCGUCGGCUCGCGGAAUGGCACAGAAGAGACGCAGUUAUUGGUGUUGGACUUCGACGCAGAGGAACCACCGAUGUCCGGCUUGAUAGAAAACAUGAGCGACGACUGUUCAUCGGCAACCCAAACGGCUUCUGAGCCCGGUCCUUCAGGCAUUUCUGCCAUUGGACAAUUGGCGCAGCAGCAAGCUUCGUGGGAGUUUUAGCAGCAACGUCUCUAUCCGCUGGCCGGCUAGGACACGGAACACAGCUUACAGGACGGUUUUUCCCUUUGUAAAAAAAAAACGCAAUUAUAUAUACUUAAUAGUAGUACAAGCAAGAGUGAUUAUGAUUUGAAAGCGUAUGAUAGCCUAACACAAAAAAAA